GGAGCACACAUGAGUUGUCAAACAGGUUUGUCUUUUGCUGCUUUCAAACCCAUUCACACAUUCUCAUCAGCAGGACAGCACUGUGUUCACUGGGGCUAAAACUAGAAACCCAGGAGAGGAUCAGGAGAUCAACCAAGACCGUCAAGGUCCAAAUGUCAAGGAGCUAGAGUUGAACUGCGAUGCUGAGGUUACAUCUCUUCAAAAAUGGGAUGAGGCUGAUCAUUAUAGGCAUAAAUACAGGAUAACCGUAUAUAUUUUUUUCAAGGUGGCCAAAGAGAAAGCUGUAAACAGGAAGUGCAUACGAACAGGUACUGCUAGUUGUACAAAAUGCCUUUGGAGACUCUCCAAGCCUCAGUGAGGCAACCGGCGAGGACAGCUGUAGCUGCUACGCCGCCACGCUUACGACCCAAGGGGCCAGUGGGGCCGGACUAUUUCCGGCGGUUCCCGGCGGCAGCCACCAGACCAAAGCAGAGUGCGGUUGAAAGGCUGGAAGCAGACAAGGCUAAAUAUGUCAAGAGUCCGGUGGCUCUUGCUAAACAGCAGCCAGUCGGGCCCCCAGACAUGCGGAAGCCUCUGCUAAACCCCGGCACUGCUCUGCGGCCCACCAGGAGGACACCAACCCAAACAAAAACAAAGCAGGAGAAAGUCCAAUUCAACUUGGAGCAUCUGAGUAACCUGAUCAGUGGUAUGAAUGAUGGGCCCCAAUCCAGUGCUACUUUUGUUCCAGAGGCCAGUAAAGUUCCUGAUCGUGUCCCCACUUCACACAGCUCUCCUUGCCCCACACCUGCAGGGGCACAACAGAAAAAGGAGAGACCAUGUCCACCUCCCCGUCCUGACUGGUCUAGUCCAGCUAAAGUGAGAUUAAAAGCCUCUGGACCGGCCAGGGUAGAGAAUCCUGGCUCACCUGGGUCUCCAGCUGCUGGGGCUGUGCGCAGAGUGGAUGUCAUGCCUCAGGCCAGCCCUGGGAGGACCCCCUGCAGACUACCUCAGUAUAUCCGGCAGCCCCUCCAGCCCAUACCUUUACAUUCCCAGUCUCCACUCCGCCCGGCUACUUCACACCUGCAUCUCUUUCACCCCAGAACAAAAACAGGUCCUUCUCCUCUGAACCCUGUUGUUGCUCCAUCUAAACCUGACAAUCCUCCCUCACCUCCAACUGGAACCCCCGUCCCUGAUCCCCCCAGCCUCCCUGUUUUCCCUCCUCCCUCCCCAGCAAUUACACGUUUAUCUUCCUCCAGUUCCAGAAAACGCCCCUCUCUGACCCGGUCUAAAUCGGACAUGAGCGACCGGUACUCCCGAGCCGGGACAGAGCUGGAGCGCUUCUUCAACCUGUGUGGUUUGGACCCUGCAGACCUGCAGGAGCUGACUGAAUCUAGUUCUGACAUUGUGUCCAUGGCCCGUUUCCGCAGUGUGAGUGCUCCAGGGUCUGAGUGUGCAGGCUCCGGAGCAGAGAGUGAAGACGAUGAGGAUGCUGGCAAUGCUGCAGGGCGUGUUCCCUACGGUGUUUCUGUCAUUGAGAGAAACGCAAGAGUGAUUAAAUGGCUGUAUGGACUCCGUCAUGACAAGGACAAUGCAAAUCAGAGCACCAAUUUAUAGGAUGGCGUUAAAUGGCCAAUAAGUUUAAAACACAAGUAUAAAUUUAAUUUUGUCAAAGUUGCAUAACAGAUGGAGUGAUGGGAUCCUGUGAUUAAACUGGUAGUAAACUGAGGUAUGUGAUGUGAUGACAUAUAGUGAUGGAGGCAAUUUGUCUGCCAAGUAAUUAAGUUUCAUUUGGUUCCCUUGUUUGUUUUGACUGGAUUUUUUGUUGUCUUUCAUUUUUAUUUUACAAAAUUUGAAAUUUGGAAAACAGAGCGAGAAAACUUUCCUUUUUUUGGUUAUUUUUACUUUUCAAAUAUUCUUUUGUGUGUGUCUCAUAAGGCUCAUGUGUCAUCCGGUCAUAUUCUGAGUCCGUAAAUGGACAUCAUUAAAGAGUUAAUGGUGCAAGCA